UUCCCCACGACCGUGAGAUCUUUUUUUUUAGGGCGACCGAAGUGCAAUAUGAUAUUUUCAUUAUCUUAAUGUUUGUCUUUUCCCGCACCCAGAAGUAUGGGCAGUUAAACAAACCGUGGUGCGUAGGUCAUAAUAGACUCAUUUCAAUUUUUUUGUAAUAAAAAUUGUGUUCUGUAGUGUUAGCUAUUGUAAGGAAAUCCCUGAGAAAGCCAGAGUAAAGCUAUAAUGACGUUUGUAAACUGUAAUUACUUUCGAAGAACCAAAGGUUUUGCUCCAAGGAACUUCUACGAGAAAGAAAUGUAGUCGACCGUAGCAGUGUAAUCUGCAUACACAUAAAUAAUGCGCGCCUGAUCCUGUUAAAUGACCGAAUUAAAACUGCAAUAUCCUAUUGUGUAAGUAAGAAACUCUUCUUUACUUUUAGUUGCGCUGGGAAUAACUUUGUGAAAAUGACUGGGGUUGAUAUGGAUGCCUUGGAAAUUAAUGCUGAUCCAGAAGAAGAGAAGAAAAAUUAUGAUGAACAUUUUGUAUGGCAUGAUUAUUUAGAGUCGACAAAUUCGGAUGAAGUUCCACAGACAUCAUUUCUUCAUGUUGAGCAAAGCCUGCAGAAUGGUCUUCAUGAGGGCAUGAUGCUAGAAAUUCCCAGCAGGGUGACUCCAAAUACUUACUGGAUAGCAACCAUAGUGAUGGCAUGUGGACCAUUGCUUAGGCUGAGAUUUGUCGGACAAGAAGCUGAUCGGACGCAAGACUUUUGGUACGAUCUUACCAAAGUACAGGUGUACCCACUUGGUUGGUGUCGUGAUCAUCACCUCCGUCUUCAGCCACCGAGCGAACUUUUACCAAAACUUCUGGACUACGAAGCAUUUGCCAUACGAGCCUUGCAGAAUGCUGUGUCUGUGCCACCAGAAUUGUUGUCUGGUGUAAGUACUAUUUAAAUUGUUAAAAUGUUU